CUACAGCUAAGGACGCAUUGUCUGAUAUUCUGGGUCGUCUUUGUUGUUGGCAUCGCCGACUCUGUGACCUCGUCGACAUGGUGACCUCCUGCUACCAGCUUCCACUGCUUGUCGUGAUAGCGUACUGCUUUGGCAACACAGUGUUCCGAACUUACUCAAUUAUUGCAGUGUUUCGUAACCGGCACUCUCUCAUUAGAAUACCGGCCAUCAUCUGGUGUAUUGGCUACGGCUGCCGUCUGAUUCUCAUCAGCUUAGUCCCUUCGAUCACCGUAGCACAGGCUAAGAAAUCACGAAUGCUGGUUGAGCGUUUGAACAGCCGACAUCUGGACGAUGCUUCUAAGGAGGAGAUCUCGAUAUUCAUCAGUCACCUGUCCAGCAGAAAUAUUUCAUUUUCAGUGUGUGGCUUCUUCAAGCUCAACAUUCCAUUCCUUCGAUCAAUAGCUGUUGCUAUUGUGACGUACGUGAUUUUCUUAAUGCAGUUCACACUUCCGGACAAUUAACACUGAAUACCUUUCUACAGAUUAUGCCUGCUGAACGGACAAACUACUGAUAUGCACAAAAACUGUGCUCAUUCUAACGCAUAAUAUUACUAUAAGGAAACAAAAUAGACGACAGAAACUGAAUUUUCGAUUCAGUACACAUUUCACAGGGUCACAGCCAUAUUAAAGCUACAUAACAAUUUCAGUGUAUUGCACAUUACACAAAGACCUAAACACAACGAAAGAGAUCCGCUAAAAGGCUUCAGUGUCUUAAACUCUUUUGUGUUAUGGAGCUUUCAUAUAUGUAUAUGAGCAACUAUAUUUUGUCUUUUGAGUGUGGUUCUAUUAGGCAGUAUUAGUGUGAUAUCAGUUAUAUGAAUAAAGAGCACAAGUUAUUCUACAGGCCGAGAAACAAAUUUCGGGAUGCAUAACUUUUGAUUAACUGGGAUGUAUUUAGUUACUUAGUUACUGUACGGAAAUUUAUUUUCUGCCUAUUUCAAACUAGAAUUCUUAGACUUUAAUACAGUUUAUAUCUCUUCAUGAAGGUUAGUAUUUCUGUGAUUAAUAGGGAACAGAUUUCUGGGUAUAAAAAUGUAAUUUUCAAUUCUUUAAACUCUCAA